GGGAGGGGUGUAAGGCUGAAAGUGUGUGAGUAGAGAGACGGAGAGGAACACACAGAAAGAGAGAGAGAGAGAGAGACAGAGAGAGAGAGACAGAGAGAGAGAGAAUCGGCAGUGUGUGAGAGGUUGAAUGAUCACUUCUCUCCCGUCUUGUUUUGGGGAGACUUACCUUGUUCAUCUGAGCAUUGUGGGACUGUUUUAUGUUGUUGUUGACAAGAGCGACGGACCCUUACUCCAGCAUGCUCACUGAGCCUGAGCUACCUCAGGAGUGUAACAGGAUGUCUUCCAAGCGACCAGCCUCUCCAUAUGGGGGGACAGAUGGAGAGGUAACCAUGGCAACCAGCAGACAGCGAAUGGAUGAUGGGGAUAGCGAGGGACUCGGCAGUGUCAUCCACCUCCCCCUGGUCUCCUACUGCGGCAAGGUGUCCCCUCGCUCGCCCCCCAACCGCAACUUGGACAGCCCCCCCAACAUGGAGCAUGACACCACCAAGGGGAUCUCCCUGAGCCCUUACCCGCAGCACAACGCUACCUCACCGGGCAAAGAGGACGGCGGAGGGCGGCCCUGCAGCGACGGCGGCUCCGCCGCCGGCACCCUGGGGACCCCCGAGAGGCGCAAGGGCAGCCUGGCCGACGUGGUGGACACGCUGAAGCAGCGCAAGAUGGAGGAGCUGAUCAAGAACGAGCCGGAAGAGGCCCCCAGCAUUGAGAGGCUGUUGUCAAAGGACUGGAAGGAUAAACUUUUGGCCAUGGGCUCAGGGCACAUCGGAGAAAUUAAAGGUACCGCAGACAGCCUGGCGGAGAAGGAGCGCCAGCUCAUGGGCAUGAUCGGCCAGUUGAGCAGCCUGAGGGAGCAGCUCCUGGCGGCCCACGAGGAGCAGAAGAAGCUGGCCGCCUCGCAGAUGGAGAAGCAGAGGCAGCAGAUGGAGCUGGCCAAGCAGCAGCAGGACCAGAUUGCCCGGCAACAGCAGCAGCUUCUGCAGCAGCAACACAAAAUCAACCUCCUGCAGCAACAAAUCCAGCAGGUCCAGGGCCAACUCCCUCCGCUGAUGAUUCCCGUCUUUCCCCCGGACCAGCGGACUCUGGCGGCGGCGGCGGCCCAGCAGGGCUUCCUCAUGCCCCCUGGCUUCAGCUACAAGCCCGGCUGCAGUGACCCUUACCCUCUCCAGCUCAUACCCACAACAAUGGCCGCCGCUGCCGCCGCUGCUGCCACGCCAGGUUUGGGACCCCUCCAGCUCCAGCAGUUGUAUGCAGCUCAGCUGGCGGCCAUGCAGGUCUCCCCGGGGGCCAAGCAGCACGGAGGCGGCAUGCCACAGCAAGGCAACCUGGGCACACACUCCCCGCCCACCAACACACACUCCCAGAGCGAGAAGGGCCGCAGCUCCCCGCUCCCAAACAAGGCCAAGGACAGUGAGGGUGCACAGCCACUGAACCUGUCGGCCAAGCCUAAGGCAUCCGAGAGCAAGUCACCCAACUCCCCCCCAACUUCCCCACAGGUCGCUGCUGCUGCUGGCGCCAAGCUGGGCCCCGCCGGCUCCGGGAAGCACAGCGUCGCCCCCUCCAGUAUCGGGGGUCCACCGACCAGAGUCAGCUCGAUAGCAGACUUGUUGUCCACGCUGUCCACGACCGCCUAUCUGAACGACCACGAGGCUGUGAGCAAGGCCUUCGCAGAGGCCAGGCAGAUGAAGGAGCAGCUGAAGAGAGAGCAGCAGGUCCUGGACGCCAAGGUCGCCGCCGUCAGCAACCUGAGCCUCAACAACGGACGCUCGGACAAGGACAAGGCAGCCUUGGAGAGUCUGAGUCAACAGCUGAAGCAGCAGGCAGAGGACAAGUUCAGCCACGCAAUGCUGGACUUCACCAUGAGCGGAGACUCUGACGGCUCCCCCAGCGUGUCAGACUCCAGAAUAUUCCGGGAGGCUCGGGGUCGUGGCAGCGCAGAGCCGCACAUCAAGCGGCCGAUGAACGCCUUCAUGGUUUGGGCCAAGGACGAGAGGAGAAAGAUCCUCCAGGCCUUCCCCGACAUGCACAACUCCAACAUCAGCAAGAUCCUCGGCUCCCGCUGGAAAGCCAUGACCAACCUGGAGAAGCAGCCGUACUACGAGGAGCAGGCUCGCCUCAGCAAGCAGCACCUGGAGAAAUACCCCGACUACAAGUACAAGCCGCGGCCCAAACGCACCUGCCUGGUGGACGGCAAGAAGCUGCGCAUCGGCGAGUACAAAGCCAUCAUGAGGUCCCGCAGGCAGGAAAUGAGACAAUACUUCAGUGUGGGGCAGCAGGGCCAGUUGCCCUUGUCCUCCGCAGGCGUGGUUUACCCAGGUACCCUCUCCAUGGCAGGAAUCCCCUCCCCCCAAAUGCCGUCAGAGCACUCAAGCAUGUCCAGCAGCCCCGAGCCCAACGCCAACCACCACCAGAACCCCCACAUGGCUGGCCUGAAGGGGGACGAGCCGCGGAUCAAGGAGGAGGAGCUGCGGCUGGACGACAGCAACGGCGACGUGUACGACGACUUCGACUACGAGGACGAAGAAGCAGAUUACACCAGCGACAACGACAACCACAUCACCCAGUAGGGCGGCGCGACAGAAGCCCAAUUUAGAAGCCAAUCCCCACGCUGGUUGAUCCCACACAAGCCCAAACCCACCAAUCAGGAAGAAAACUUUCUCUUUUUGCCAAUUACCUUGGGUCCCGACCUCACAAACACCCGCCAGCGUCCCCCCCGUCCCCCUCCCCGUCCCCCCAGCCCCCUCCUGACCAACGUGGACUCUUCUCACAGAGCCAAGACCCUCCCACUGGAGUCCUGAUACCAGCAUUCUGACCAAUCAACGGAAGCACAGGACCUGUCACUCACACUGACUGUUACACAAACUGGAGUCUGGGAGCACGAGACGACCGAGCCGGCUUCUGACGCUCGCUGAGGAAUAUUCAAGUACUACUGCAAGUUGAGUGAGGAGACAUCAAAAUCAUGCUCAAAAAGCAACCUUUUAGAAUCGUUUGUAGGAAAAGGAGACUUUUGAAAAAUGACAGACGGAUCAGUGGACCUGUCAAAGGCGAACAGAUGACACUUUAAGAUGGCGGACCUGUUUAUAAACGAGAGACACUUUUAAAAAAUAAAAAACUGCUUUUUUUUUUUUGUUCUUCGGUUCUAUAAUAUUCUCACUCAGGUACACGGUGCCAAUAAGUGGCUUGUGAAUGUGAUUUGUUGUUUUUGUGCUACAAGUUUGAAUAAUAAUAGAAAAAAGAGACUUUUCUUUUUCCUUUUGUUGUAAAGCAGACAGACAUCAGACAUGUUUAUUUGAACAAAAGACAUAUCUUUUCUUUGAGCUCUCAGUGUGCCCCCUUCCCCCUUCCCCCCCCCCAUGUGUUUUUUGAGACUGCCCGCUCCCCGGUUGGAUCGGUCCAGCCAAGACUGACCAUUGCAGCGUGGACCAUCCCACGUUAAGGGGGUCUUCAAAGGGAGACAAGGGCGUCCCCGGAGCGAAACGAAAGCACUGUGUUGUGAGACAAUCCGCCAGUCACUUUUUCGCUUCGUCCCUUUUAUUUUCACCUCUUCCGGGGCGAAACACCAGUACGAACUCGGCAGUGUGUGUCGGUGUGUGCGUAGAAUCUCAUUUCCAGUGUGAGGAAAAAGGCCCAAAAUGUCCAGGACACGGAAAGACGGGCUUACACUGCUGCUGUUUUUAUUUGUAACACACACACACACACACACACAUGUAUACACACCCUCAGUGUUCUCCUGCUCCCUUCAAUCAACACAGUCCUGCUGCCCGCAGUGGGCGGAGCUAAGCUGAAGCAGCCUGUCAGUGUUUCUGUUUGUAUUAGAAUACUGUAUUUUAUUAUUUCUCUUCAAACUGCCUCUAGUCUAAUAAUAUUAUUAACAAUAAUUAUAAGGAUGGUCAGCGUUUCCUAAGUUUAGUAAGUUAUGUACAGUAUAAUUUAUUUUUCUCCUCUAUAUUGCGUUUUGAUGACCAUAUGAAACUAUGACAGUUGAUGAAACAUUAUUCUAUUUAGCUGUAGGUAUUUAGAUCUAAACAAAAGUUGUCAUUUUACCUUGCUUUGUUUUGCAUUUGUUUGUUCCCUUUCCUUUUUGAUGCGUUUGUUUCGUAUUAAUCCUCGUGGCGGGGUUAGAACAGCGAGCUGGACAGACAGACUCAACGCCGGCACUCCUUUGCCAUUUCUAAAAAGCACUCAGACUCUGAGGAAAGGAAGAACAGGAUUUUUAUUUCUUUAAAUUGUUAUCAUUAUUUUAUUUGUAACGGUUAUCAUAAUGUAUAAUGUGAAGUUUCUUCUCUUUUAUUUUGCCUUUUACUUUCAUUUUUUUCCCCUGGAAAUCAGUUUUAUCAUUUUUGGAAACUGUUUCCUGUGAACAAAGAAUCCCGUCCCAGUUUACUAGUUAUGGCCGCCUCACCGAGACACAGUGGAACAUCUUGGGCUUGGAUCCGCACACAUACAUGCACAAACACAAUCGCUAAGACACACACACACACACACACACACAGGCAUACACGUGUCAAAUGAAGAGAUUAUUACGACAACCAAACGAAUCCUAUGCUGUCCCUUUUCUGUUUUUAUAAAAUCUAGUAUUCUAGAUUUAAAAUCCUGUACAUAUGCUUUGUUUGGUGUUUUCUUUUGUUUGUUUUUAUCAUAGGAAAGCGGUGUUUACUGUGAUCCACAAAGGUGUUCCUCUAUGUGUGUGUGUGUGAGACGGCCAAACGUAUAUAUACAGUAUCUUAAAAAGUCACUUCUCAUCAGGAGCCCUUUGCUUUGUUUGAGCUCCACGCGACGCUCCAGGAGCCGUGACCACUGUUCAGGUGUGCCGUCGCAUCGUGAUCUCCACAAUCAUUCUCGCUGUAGAUGUUCGCUACAUGCCACAUUAUGAGCCUCUGGGUCUUAAUUUAGCUGUAUAGUCACCCCUGUUAUCACAACAUGGUUCAACCCGAUGCUGGUGGAUCAACCCAAUUUUAGGGCGUGAGGUGGGUCGGUGGGGCAUUAGGACGUCUGACCCCAAAUCAAGACAAUGAAAAUUAUGAUGAUGAUGAUAUUAUUUAAGACAAUCAAAGUCAUGAGUGGAGCUCAAAACAAAGUAAGAAUUAUUACAAGUAAAACAAAAAAUAUCUUACUAUCUCAACUUGAAAAAUCAAGAAAGAUAAUUAUGUAAAUAUAACAUAGAGUUAUAGAUUUAUAUUUUGUUCAUAACACAGUGUAAUAUAAGUUGUAUAUUUCUUUUUCUCUCCCUACUGUCUCUUUUAUUGAUGUUAUCCAUGCCACAGAAAAGCAGGAGUCGCAGUACUCUCACACAAAAAAAAUAAAGAAAAAUAUCAAAGAAAUAAAGAAAAACGUGAAAGGAGAAAAAAAAAAAAGCCGUGGGCUGCCACCACCAUCUGUUCUAAGUUCACUUUUUUUUCAGUAUUACUGCCAGACAAGGCUCUAAUAAAGACAGCAAUGUGUUCGGUAAAACU